AUGGGAGCCCAUGAUGCGGACAACAACCUCUCGGCUGCCGUGCGUUCCGUUAUCCAUAAGGUUGCAGCCAGCGGCGCCGAGAAUGGCCCUAGGGAGAUCCCUCUGUGCAAAGUGUACGUCACAGAUAUUAAUCCGGAAGAUGCAAGCAAUCUGCUUAGGAUUCUCUCCAGGAUUCUGCCACUCAGCGACGGAUUAUCUCAUCUCAAGCGAAUUCGCCGCGUCCCUUGCAUUUCAACCCCGAAGGGCUUCACCUUGGAGGUAGUGCUGUGUCGAGAGGAAACGUGGCUACAUCGCGGCCAACAUACAACAAAAGAGUUGAGUCGGUUUCAAUACGAGGCAAGGUUGGCCACUGUACCAGCCGCUGCUCCCCUCAGCAAAGACGAAUUGAAAAAGUGGGGAGAGUACUGGCCGUUGAUAUACAAACCAGGAAGAGAGCAACACACUCCACUCACUCCUAUAGAGUUACGCCGCAUGUUCAUACACGCAAACUACGUUCAUGAUAAAUCCAAGGAGGUAGCACAGGGAAAUUCCCCUGUCGUGGCCACCCUUGUCCAUCCAGAAUCUAAUGCGAUUGUAGCGGAAAGUGCCGAUUCGUCGCAAAGAGCAACGAAUACUAAGGGCGACAAGACAAUCCCCACAAAUUCUUGCCUUGCUCACGCAGUGAUCAAUUGCGUCUCCGCUUUCGCAGUCCCGCAUUCAGAAUCAGCAAGACAUAGAAAGCGCGGACUUGCUAUUUCCGAAUCAAGAUACGAAGAAACUGGUGAGAAGAAAAGUCCCUUACCCGUUGACCAGUACCUCUGCACCGGUCUGGACUGUUAUGUGUCGAGGGAGCCAUGUGUGAUGUGCACCAUGGCACUUGUUCACUCCCGAAUUCGCAGGAUAAUUUUUGUCGCACACAACAACGACCAACUAGGUGGUCUUUCUGAAGCAAAAGUACAUUGCGAAGUAGCUCUUAACCAUCGAUGCGAGGCGUACUUCCUUCCUGUCCUAGCUGUUCAUUGUGACAAAUGAUGAAGCAUAUCGAGAACCUGCAAGGCAAGACAAGGCUGUGCUCUAGAGACAGGAAUAUUUCUGUACACAGGCCUGUCCAUCGAUAAGCAUUUUUGGUGCUAAA